UUGCUUACAGAUAUCGCACAGUCGGAAAAAGUCGUUUUUCCGCCGACGGAGUCACCAUCGGUGAAAGAAGUGACCAUCGCCGGGAAGCCAUUCGUUUUGAACCCCGGUAAAUGGAAGAUCAGCGUUGAUACAAAACAACGACUCUUCUUGGAUUAUGUCGUCGUACUGCCGGCUGAAUACUACCAGGGCACGAUACUGAAAGAACGUGCAGCACCACCGUGUGAAGCAAACAACGCUCACAAUUCGACGUGUGUGGACCUACUGUACCCACCAAUGGCUAUUGCUGCUAGGGCUGAUGUUAACGAAAAAACGGACACAUUCAAGGAGGUGCAGAUCGAUGGCACGACAGUGGAUUUGAAACCGGUUAGGAUUGGUCUUGGGGGUUAUUAG